AUGAGUAAUUGUCAAGGGUCCAAGGGCAAUGAGCAGAAUGAUUCUGUUGCUCCAAAAAAAGCGCUGACUCAAAGUCCACUACCUUCUCUAUCACCUCUUUCACGGAGUCGAGGGAUUGAUGCAGUGCACGUGAAUGCUGCCCGACAAAUGGUUCAAUUACAUACGCGAGGUAGGAUGCCCUUGUCGCAGCAACAAACAACGCCUAAUACUGCAGAUCUUACCUUCACAAGUCAAACAACGCCUAAUACUGCAGAUUUUACCUUCACAAGUCAAAGCGAGCAAGUUGUAUCACUGAGAUUUCCCAAACCAAGGAUAAGCAUACCCAACCACAAUGGCAAUGAGGAGUGCAAGAAUCCACAGUGUUCUCAUUGUGGGAAGAUCAUUAACCCUUCACCUCAACUGUUUCUACCUAUUCAGGAUAAGCCGUGCUUGAAAGUGAACCGUUGGGAGAUAUACACUGUAAAGAAGCCGAUAUUGUCGAGUGCAGAACUAGAUUAUCUUGGGGAGACCGAGUUUGAAUUCCCCUUACCUGAAAUGAUAUUUGGGAAUAAUUUUGUUCGAGUUAAGUAUACUGCUGGGGAAGAAGGUGGUGGUGGUGAUAGUAAUAGUGGAGCCGCCAAAGAGGAAAAAGCCGAGUUAUGGUUUAAUGCGAUUGACGCAUUAAAGACAUUGGACGAGGACUGUUGUUUAAAAGUGAGCUAUCAUCAAGAAUGGUUGGAACUGCGUCGGAAAAGAUCCAAAGCUAGGAAGCAGCAAGCCGAGAAAAGAGGAGGAGGAAACGUUGUUUCCUCCCAUUCGAUUGAAGUAGGUACGGAAGAGUUGAUUAGCGAUGUAGUCAAGCCCUAUGAUUGGACAUAUUCUACAAACUAUAAAGGAUUAUCUAAAAACUUGGACUUUAUAAAUGGCGAUGACUUAGACGAGGAUUUGGAAAUACCUAUAUCUCGAUUAACCCAGCCUGAUCCGAUACUAUUUUUUGAAGAGAUGAUUUUAUUCGAGGACGAAUUGGCUGAUAAUGGAAUAAGUAUGCUUUCAAUAAAGAUUAGAGUAAUGCCCACAUGUCUUUUAAUAUUAUGCCGGUUUUUCUUAAGGAUCGAUAAAGUUAUAUUUAGGAUUAGAGAUUGUCGCGUGUUCAUCGAUUUGGAGAAGGACUAUGUCAUUAGAGAAUACAAGAUACAGGAAUGCGAUUAUAAUACUGUGUUGAGAACGCUGAUGAGUGGUAGUGGUAUGGGCAGCGGCGGCGGCGCUGACCCAAAGAGAUUGUUGAGAGAUCAAAAUUGGGUUAUGGCUGGAUUCGGUAUGUUUAGAUAUUCAAGUCGAGGAGGUAUACGUUGGGGCCGCCUACGUUUCAUUCAUACGGUUCCCAAACUAUCUCAUCACGACGUAUGGUCGCAACAAGGCAUUCCUGGUUUAUUCUCGCGCCAAGGUUACAAUACUGCCUGGAGUGAUUACCAAAACUAUUUGCUUACGAAUCUUACAUUAUUGACCAAUGGCACUGGGAACGAAACCAAGUCGCCGUACCAAAUUUUGCUUAACACGGCCAAGAAUACUCUUCAACAGCAUACGUAUCAUUAUGCCGCUAUGGCACAUAUGAAUCAUUUUUUUUUCCAACAAUUGUGCGAUUCAGAAACGGCAAAGUUGACGAAACCUUCGAGAUUUCUUAUGGAGAAACUAAUGCAUGAGGAUAUCUUGGAUAUAGACUCGUUGAGGAAUAAGAUGUUGACCAUGGCUGAAAACGCGUAUGGUCAGGGCUGGAUAUAUUUAGUUGAGAAUAAAGAUAAGAAGUUGAAAUUUCUUAGAUGUAAUAAUGACGGAGUGCCUUAUUAUUUCGCAAAGAGGCAGGAGUUGGACCUUAAUGUGGGGAUUGACGAGUUGAGCUAUCGACAAUUGGAGAAUAUGCAAUUGAGAUGCAAAGAUAAGGAUUUAAGGGAUAAGGAAGAGGAAUUUUAUUUACCUAUUUUGGCCAUCAAUUAUUGGGAUUAUAUGUAUGUUGAAGAUUAUGGAGUUACCGGGAAGGUUGAAUAUUUGAAUAAUUUAUGGGACCAUUUGAAUUGGGAUGUUAUCAACAAGAGAUUAUUCCAAAUAUAG